GAGUACGAGGGCGAGCGCAACGCGGCGGGAGAGAGGGAGGGGCGCGGCGUCAUGCGGCGCGCCAACGGCGACGUCUACGACGGCGAGUGGAAGGCGGGUAAGCGGGGGGGGCGCGGCAUCAUGCGGUACGCUAACGGCAACGUCUACGACGGCGAGUGGAAGACAGGCUUGGUCGAGGGGCGCGGCGUCUACCGGUACGCCAACGGCAACGUCUACGACGGUGAGUGGAAGGCGGGUAAGAAGGAGGGGCGCGGCGUCUACCCUUUCGCCGAGGGCGACGUCUACGAGGGCGAGUGGAAGGCGGAUAAGGAGGAGGGGCGCGGC